ACUAGACUCCGUAUCACCAGUCGCCUCGUUCCCCUCCGGAGAUCGCCCUAACUCCCUACCUCCGUAUCCCUCCGGAUUCUCCCCACCUCCUACAGUAGUACCGGAUAUCACCGUUCGGUGCCAGCUCCGCGAUCUCCGGUUACUCCUACAGUUGCUCCGUCUCCGCUAACAGCACUACUAUAAUCAGCAUCAGUUUUUCGAUCGUUUUCUGCUCCGAUGACAUCUGCGUCAGUGAGCUCAUGUUUUCUGCUUCUGCUUGGUUUCCGCCACCCCUCAGCUCUUUCCUCAUAGUAUGUGGAACUGCGUCGUCUGUUGAUCCUCCUGGGUCAACUUCCAUCUUUUAAAAACUUUUUCUCGCCAACAAAUCUCAGAAAACGUAUAGCUCGCAAAUGUGACAAUGUUGUCAAAACCCUUUUUACAGGGCGUUUUUUUUUUUGAAAAUUGUGAUGUGUCGAACGUUGUAUACAAUGUUGCAAGUUGCAAGCAUUGUGUGGGACCUGCAUAAGAAGUAUACGUAAUAAUAUUGAAUACUUUCGAGAAGUUAUUUCUCAAAUCAUAAUCCACUAGAUAGUAUUUUAUCAUUUCUUCAGUAAAUGAAAAUGGCGGUUAGAAAUAUAUGUUUCUUGUAGCUUUCUGAUUGUUUUCUUCUCAAUGUUCCUACGCUGUGCUUAUUGGGGGAAUCAAACAGUUAUGUUGGCAGCACUGACUGAAACGUCAUUCUCCCAGCUGUUUUUCGAACGCCAUUUGACGAAUGUCUUGAACUCUGAAGGAGUUCGAUUUUUCGGUUUUAAGAAUCGGUUGUGAUCUUCACCAUCUCAGCAUAUUAAGUUUUAUUUUAUCAUGACGACUGGAAUGCCGGAGCUGGGCUCCAAAAUAAGCCUAAUAUCGAAGGCGGAUAUUCGUUACGAAGGCCAUUUAUUUACAGUUGAUCCCCAAGAAUGUACGAUUGCCCUGGCGUCCGUACGUUCUUUUGGUACUGAGGAUCGUGAGACUCAGUUUCCUGUUCCUGCACAAAGCCAGGUGUAUGAUUAUAUCCUCUUCCGUGGUAGUGAUAUAAAGGACAUACGUGUGGUGAACAGUGUAGCACAUCAACAGCCACUCAAUGAUCCAGCCAUUAUGCAGCUGUCUGUCCCACCAACUUUGGGUGGUCAGACAUUCCAGAGACAUCCAGUAUUGGGACCAAUGACCGGCCCUCAAAUGGGCCAAUUUGGCGGCGCAUAUGGCAGCAUGGGCACCGCAAUGGGCGGCUUGGGAGCAGCCUCCCUUGGACCUGGUCUGACAGGCAUGCAUCAGAGGGACAUCGUACCCCCUCCCAGAGGGCUGAACUCCAAGCCAAGUGAGUUGAUUGUCGGCCCGAACGUGCCCCAGUCUGUACUUUCAGCUACUGUCGAGCCGCCUAGGCCCCAAAAUGAUAAUGGUUCCUUUCUAGAUUUGAUAGGCGCCGCAGGCAGCGGAGCCGGUGCUGGUGUAGGCGGUUCCCGUAGCACCACUCCUGCUAGUUUAGGUAGCCGAAAAUCGCCGACGGUCGAGCAAGGGGUGCAGACGGCUGGUGGCCGUGCUGGACAGGACAAGCGGGUGCGCCCCAUCCAACCGCCAGGAAGUGUUGGUGGCGGACAACGUGGCGGUGGUUCUGGUCAGCAAAUACGUAGGAAAUCCAGAGAGCGAAGAGACUCGAGAGGAGCUGAUGUCCAGAGAAGUGGACCUGGACAAGGAUCUCAGAGGAAUCAACAAGGCAUGCAUCAAAUGCAACAUGGUGGAUACCACCAAGGCGGCGGAUAUCAACAUCACCAAAGCGGAUACCUGCAACAAGCAGGGAACAACAGGGGCGGCGGAAACUGGGUGAACAGGGGCCCGAUGCGUCCUAAUCGCGGCAAACCUAGGGGCAUGCAGAACGGAACUUACAGACCCAAUCAAGGCGGGCAGAGCAACAAGGCCAAGCUGAAGUUUGAAAAUGACUACGAUUUUGAACAGGCCAAUACGCAAUUUGAGGAGCUCAGGAGCCAGUUCGGAAAGGUGAAGAUCGAGGACAGUACCGGCACCAACAGCACAGCAACGACGUCAUCUGCUUCGAGUACGACGACGCUAGGCGCCAGCGGUACGACAUCGGCGACCACAAACGGCGAUGCGGACAAGAAAGAUGACAGCGGCAACGAGACGGGCGCUGGAGAAACGGAACAGGAAGAGGACCACGAGGUGUACUACGACUGGACGAAGUCGUUCUUCGACAAGAUCUCGUGCGAAGCUGUCGAAAGGGCCAAGGGCAAGUCGCAGAGGACCGAUUGGCGCACCGAACGCAAGUUGAAUUCGGAAACGUUCGGAGUGGCUGCUACCAGGCGCGGAGGAUACCGGGGUCGCGGAGGCUACCGAGGCAUGGGUUACCGCGGCGGUUACCGCUCUAACUACCGGCCCAUGCAACGUCGAGACCAACAACAGCAGAACAACGCCACCGGCGGCAACCAAAACCAACAGCAAGGCCAGACAUCAUCUGGAUCUACAGGGGCGCCAUCUACGGGCAACAGCAGCCAAACUCAGCAGCAGCCGCAGAACCAGAAAGGUAACGGCCUGUUGGAUCCGACGAAGGAAGUCGACUUUGAAAUCGUCAACAGCGACGACGAUGGCGACGAGUCUCACGAACGUCCACUUCAAAUUAGCAACAACACAUCGGCCAUCGCCGUACCUGCUCCUGCAGGUACUCCUGCUUAAAGAAUAUUCACGUCCGUGUUGUUUUUUCUACAACUGGUUAUGCUUUAUUAACUUUCAAAAUAUGGUAUCAUUCACUUUGCACAACUUUAUAGGGAUCAGUUUUUCAAUGUUUGCAGUUAGUUUGGAGAAAAAAUAAUAGAGCAUUUUCCACCUUUCCCAAAUUACAUUUGUAAUAGCCCAUAUAAAUUGUUUAUACCCAUACAUAUUGACAAACAUAUUUUAAUCCUGUAUAUCAGUCACCAACAUUUUUAUUCCACAUACCACCAGAAAGUGUUCAUGAAAAAUCACAGCUUUGGCGCGAAAUGUUACAUUUGAACUUAAAUGUCGCAUGUUUUCCGACCGCCUGUCUGGAGGAGUAUUCUUAAUACUUUUCAACUGAUUGUUCCAUGGUGGGUAUAGAGAUAACUGAUAAACAUUGUUGUUUAGAUCUUAAAAAAUAUUGACUUUUAGUAGCUGUAGCCACAGUUGCAGUGUAAUUUUAUAUAACGUGAUGUUUGAAUGCGUAAAAGAAAUUGGAAGACGAUAAUAUCAGCACGGAAAUUGAUACCGAAUUGCAAGUUUUAAACAUUUACAUCUUUGUUGCAUUUUUUCUUCCAUUGUAACUUGUUAGCAAAUAAUAGUGCAGCUCAUGGGCGCCCAUUGGUGGGAGGGGGGGCGGCGGUCAAGGGGGGACAUAUGCCCACUGUGCAUUCUGCUUCAAGGUGAAAUAUUCUUAAUAAGAUACACCCAAUCCUUGGGUAAGAAGUGGAACAUCUCGGCAUAGAAGACAUUAUUUCUGCUACCAUUUUGAAUAGUUGCAACCUCUCCCCUCCCCUCCCCUCCCGUCUUCAAUUGUCACCAACGGGUUGGCUAGUUCUCAGCAUUUUUGAUCCUGCACAACCUGUAAACCAAACAUGCCCCCUCUGGAUUUUGCUAUAUGGGCGGUCAUGGUGCUGCUCUAAAAUUGUAUGUGAAUAUUCCACGUUUAUGGAAGGAUAAUUACUUGUUUCCUCAUUGCUUAUUCUUUAAAAAAUCCUUGCUUUUCUUAAAAACCCAGUUUGUUGCAAGAUGAGAUUUCACGGAAUUGGUCUUGACUCCGACUCUGUUCCUCUUACAUGUCAAAAACCUCCUUUCCUGUAAAAUCAAUCCCAUCCACAGCUGCUUUGCUGACGACAGCACUCUACAUCCAGGAAUUCAGAGUGACAAGCUGAUCUCUGUCAGUGAGCUGGAGAAAAGAAGACUGGAAGAGACUUCCUCUCUGACGAGAGACCUGGAGGUUAUCACUUCCUGGGGAGGCAACAACCUUGUAAAAUUGAUGCUUCCAAAACACAGAACUGUACCUUCUCGAAAAAAAAGCAGCCUAAAGCUCAUCCGGUCUCGAUGGAUGGCCGAGUUCUGCCAAACAGCCGUUUAUUUCGGCUGGUCAGAGUCCAGAUCACAGAAGGACUUGAUCUGGCACGCACACAUCUCGUCAAUAGGGGCAGCUGCUGGGAAAAAGCUAGGAUAUUUGUUUAGGGCUAAGAAGCAUUUUUCUCCACACGACCUCUUCACUCUGUAUAAGGCCCAGAUAAGACCUAGCCUCGAGUAUUGCUUACAUGUUUGGGGUGCUCCCGCCGCGACUACAUUAUCUAAACUCGAUGCUGUUCAGAUUAGGGAUGUCCGAAUGAUCGAUGACUCUUCUCUAACGGACAGUCCCGGGACCCUUUCGCACCGGCGGCCCGCCUGCGAUCUGACACUCUCUACCCCUACGCCGAUAGGCUGUGUUCCCCAGAGCAUCCUAACAGUUUCGAACUUUGUACAUACAGAACUGGACAUAAAAAAUGUACUUUAGGACAAGAAAAGUGAUAACACUGUUUUCUAGUCAUCUCUAUACACACCAUAAAAUAAUCAAAUGAGAAGAAUUUAGAAGACUGCUCCAAACAGGCAGUUGAAAAAAGGGAAACGUGCGACCUUAAGGUCCGUUGAAUCACUUCUCAGUCAUUAAAAAAAUGGAAAUGCUCUGACUUGACUUCUCAGUGGCAAAAUAUUGAUGUUCUGUCGAAAUAAACAUUUUAAUGAAUACCCUUUUGCACAUAUUGUCUCCAAGUUAGAGAAAUCGCAGCAGAUGCCAACCACGCAGAUUCUAAACAUCCUAAAGGUGUUUCUUGAAUCUGCCCCAAGAAUUUGACUUUUUGCUUGCUUAAGGUAUUUUUUGUAACCCUUGAGAACAUUUUAGAUGCCUGCUUUAUAAUCGAUAAAAUAUAUUAUGAAAAGUUUAUAAUGAUUUUGGAGAAACGAUAUGUGUUGGUUUGAAUGUUAUUCUAGAUAUAAAUUAUUGAGAUAUUUAUUAUAGAAUGUAGGCAGUUUCUUUUGUAAAUAAAUAAAUUAAAAAACACAUAACCUCUUAAAAUACACUUUCUAAGCGAAUUUAGUUACCUUUGAGUUGCUGAGUAUUUUGCAAUCUCAAUAAGCCCAGUUGUAGAAAAAACAUUUUUUGUAAUUGUCCUUUCUUUUACCACUCCAUAGUGAUUUUAAAAAAGUUAUUUUCUUCUGUGUAUCUAAGAACUUGGAUAUUAUGUUCCAACUACACUCAAAAAGAUAUGAAAUGACAAUAAAGUUGUUUAUAUAUUUUUCUCCUGAUGAUGGCCUCAAGAAUAUUAUUUCCCUUUUUGUUGCGGAAAGAAAUUGAGACUUGUUUGCAUUGUUUUUAGAUUUAAUGCUUGUAGUAGUUGGUUUAUUUUUGAGCAUGUAUAUUAAUUAGAUCACUGCUUGCGUUCAUCCAUAUUCUACCACGAGCAGUAUUGUGUUCUAGUAAACGGCACGGUUUCAAAUUUAUAUAGGGUGAGUUUUUAGUGUAGGCCCGUCGAUAACUCCGCUAUUUCACAUAGUAUCUAAACAUUGGCUAGUUGACACAUUUUUUAAGUAGGUCUUUUGUACGCUACAGAUUCAUUGUGCUGGUAACAGCUCUUUUAUUUAGAAAAAUUCAUUUACAUACAAAAAACAACGCUACAAACAAGUUUUACUAGAUGUACACACUUUUUAUUAUUGCCAACGUUGCAGACUAACACAAAAAUAUCACUUGCUGAUCAGCUGUUCACCUUAGUAGACGUCAAAGCGUGAUGGAUACUCGUGAAAUAGGGUAUAGAUGGAAUUAUUGAGAGGUUAUGUAUGAGCUUAGUUUUGAAUGACUUCUGAAAAGGAAGAUUGUGUAUUACUUAUUCUUUGUUUUCAUGUCUUAUCAUUAUAUCAGAUGCAUUGUACUUACAUAGAAGUAUUGAUUUGAUGAAAGCCAAAAAAUUACCAACUUCAAUGUGUCAAUUUUCGGUAAAUUUGUGCCCUGUGCUUUCACGGAUCCAACGUCCGUGAUUGUUUUUUUUUUUUUUCAAUAAAACGAAGAAACGGUAACAUUUUACGUUCAUUCGAAGGAUGACGGAUGACGUUCCUUUGUUUAUAAUUUGUAUGACGUUACACCAUGGCCAAUAGUGUUCUUGCCCUUUAAAAAAUUGAAAUCGAUGUAUUUCGAUUUCCUAAGCCAAAUGCUGUAAGAAAUAUUCAUUCUAUGAAAUUAGAUGAGUCAAGUAGCCUAUUGUAGCCAACGGUAAACUCCAAAUUUGGAAAAAAAUGUUUACCUCUACAGGGUGAUUCAUCACUAUAACACAAUAACUAUACUCAUACUUUUUUUAAUUACAGAUUUGGAUAGGUCCUUUCACACGAAGCAGUUUGAUUUUCAAGUUGUUGAGGUAUUGGACAGUGCAUUAAAAAAACACUCAACUUUGACAACCCUAACCUCUGCAACAAUUACGGAAUUUUUCGUCAGACAAAUUUGAUGAUCCCGUAUGUUCUCCCUGUCUACUUACUGUCCAUUUUUUUUUAUAGUUUAUAUAGGCUUUUCACAUUCUUUGAUCCCCCUUUUCACAAGCUUUUUUCUCAUACGAGGUUUAUAAGGAUUUAUAUGACUAGCUUGUGAGCUACUAAAAACAGGGACACCUUCUUGACUUUUCGACUUUAUUGCAUAAGGUUGGGCAGAUUUAAUAUAUAAUGAACAUCGAUGAAUUCUAAUGAUACGCUGUUACCAGCUAGAUGCUAUUUUUUAUUUUGAAAUGUAACUCUAAAUUCACCAUGACAAACCCCAAAAACCCCAUAUCAAAAAAAUGUUGUAAAAAGGAAUCAAAGGAUAUGGAAAUAUACAGGGCGUUCCAUUUGAAAGUUUUGAAAAAUCGUUCAUUUUGAGUUAUUAAGUACCAUCAAAAAAACUGAAAAAGUCAGAAGACAGGAAAAAUAAAUAUAAUCACAAAAAUUUUCUGUCGAAAAAUUUAGUACUCUAGCUAUAACAGUUGAGAUGCCUGUUGACAAAUUUUUUUUCGAUAAAUUGCCCAAUAUCUCAACAAAUUGAAAAUAAAGCCCUAUAAUAUGGUACAACAAAUUGCUUCAUUUGAAAGGACGUAUCCAAAUCUGCAAUAAAAUGUAGACCUUCCCUUAAAAAAUGAAUGUUUAGGUCACUGUGUUGGUUUCAAUCACAUCGUAGGGAUAAAAAUAUUUUCCAAGGAGCUACAAUUUUUGUAAUUAACUUAAUUAAAUAAUGGAGGGAGUCCAUAUUAAAAACUCACCCUGUAUAUUAUGUAUGAAGUCAUAUCUAUUCACUUUUACCUUUAUGAACAAGAUAUUUUAAAUGCUACAGUAACAGAUGCGUAUCAAGUGCAUAGCUAAAUGAAGUCAUCCACAACUUUUGCAUUGAAAUCGUGUAGUUUGCAAGAACGAAAAUAUUGCUUUAGAUGGUAGAAAAGCAUGUAAUAUACAACUACAAUACUUUUUUAAAUCACACCUCCAUCGCUUAUACUAUACUAUACUUAUUGUUAAAAUUAAUUGUCCGGGUGCCCAAGGCCAAACUGGUAGAAAAAUAAUAUGUAUAUAUGUUGUCUUAAUUGAAAAAAAAAUACAUUUUAAAAUGAAAUUUGAAGUUACGACCUUUAAGAUGAUUUCAAAAAAUCAUAGAAUGCUCUAAGAGCCUAAGAAACUAACUAUACAGACUAUCUUAACUUUGCUAAGCUGCGAUAUUGGAAAAAGGCAUGAGAUCCUUUGCGGCACCUGUAACUGGACACAUUUUACAAUAAGGGGAUUAUUACAAGGCGAAAAGCUCGUAUUUGCGGGAGAAAUUUUACUUUUUUAAUAAUCACGUUCAUUGGGCUGCCCCUUUGUUAUAUAAAACUGGACAACGUCGGCCCUGGCAAUGUUAUUGUAUUUUCUCAAUAAAACUUAUUGCAAAAUCGAGUGUUGAGUCUCAAAUGCCCACAAAAGAGAAGAUCCAAUACAGUCCACUGGCAGCAUUUAACACCCCAUGUUUCAAAUGUUUUUAAACAAAUAACAUUCUGAUCAAAAGUAACUUCUCAAGUUGACCGUUUUCGAGUUUUUAGGCUUUGAAAGUAGAGGUUUAGGGAUUUUAGAAAAUAAAUUGCUUAUAACUCAACAACGGUCCACUUUAGAGGAAAGUUACUAAAGGCAUUUUCUGUUAAGAACUAAUGAGAGACCUUGCUGACCGGAGAAAAAAAAAUGUCUAGUUUGCUUAACAAGAAACGUUUACACUUUGCUCUUGGUUACCACCAAGCAACCUCUUGAUUCAUAUUAAGGGGCAUGCAAGAAACGUAAUUCUGAAAAAAAUGGCAUCAAGCAAGUUGACCCUUCACUUGCCACGCAACGCCGUCAUCAGUCCAUAAAGGAUUAUGUUAAACCCUCUGAGAAAAAAGUUAGUUACA